AGUGCUCAGUGAUGGAGAAAGGCUCUGUGGCUGUUAGAGUGCUCCCACUGAUGAAGGGAAGCUGUGAUUGACAGAUGAGUCUUAGUGAAGACCGUCGCCACUCUUUCCUCCGUAGGGAUAACGUGACCUAUGGAGCGGCGUCCCGGUGGGCGCCGAGCUCGUUACCACACGUGAAGACGAGCAUUUUGAACACGGUGCGUGCGUUCGCCUCGGACCCACGUGUCUGGGCGUCUUCAUUCCAUCACGCACCACAAAAUAUUUAGUUUAUGAUAAAUGCGUUGGCAAUCCUCGAACCCUUCCUUCCCCGCUCACUCAUCGCCGCAGUAGCUUCCAGUGCGAGUCUCGUUUCCCCACUGGGCCCAGGACUCGGCUCCGCGAGUUAAAUUAUAGAGCGAAAAAGUCAUUAAGUGGGAUAGAGAUACAAGAAAUCGAUGGAGCAAUGGAAACUCCGAGGCUCUCGAUUGUUUUCGGUCCAGCGCACAUGGUGAAGCCUGCUCGUUGUUUCCAGGUGAGCUGCAGUCCGUCCACAGCCCCUCACGUACGGAGGCAGAUCAAUGGCCGCUUCAUCCUCAUCCGCCCCCGAAAAACACGCGUGCACAAAUAAAUGCGCGCGCCAGUCGCGACUGCGGCGUUGCAAUAGAUGCGUUGGAAUAAAACAUCCUCCUGGAACGACUGUAAAACUAUCAAGUGUCCUGUAAAUCCGGUUUGACACCACCAUAAACCCGCGGAUGUAAAACCCUUAAAUCCCCCCCAGAAUAACACGCAGCGGAGACGGGUCCUCGUCGUGUGUGGGCCGCUUUAAGAGAACGCCACCGGCUGUCUUCAACCGGCCGUUUUAACGGCCGCGUGGGUAAACGAGACAGACAGCGCCGGUCUGGAGGAGGUCCUCACGCGCUCUCUCCCCCUUUAAUCACAUGCAGAUUCCACUCGUCCCCCUUUAAUUGCGUGACCCACCUGGCCCGAAGUCUUUCCUCGUGGAAGAUAAUGGCCCAUUCCAGCUCCGGUGGGGUCGUCGUUACGCAGACGCGCCCACCGCAGCCGUCUCGUCGGGAGCGGAGGGGAGAAACUCGGCCACGGUCGGGUGGAACGCAUUUAUUAAAAAGACUUAUUAUCUUAUGUUCUUUUUGACCGCGAUCCAACACACUGACAUUAGAGCCUCCCACGCACGAUAAAUCUGGACACGAUUCUGCAACACGAAUCUAGGUUGUUUUCCAUAUGAUUAAAAUAAGACUCAGUGGAGAUUCCUCCUGGUUAAUAAUUCAUGCCGCGCAUCCAGUAUUUAUGCCGUGGAACAUGCCAUGCACAAGAUCUCUGAUGACACGCCGAUGUUAAAUCCCCACACCACAGUAAGCCAUACGUUCCCCUCUUCCAGAUGCGAUGUGACACUUGCAGUGUGGAUCUGAGCGUUAACGGAGGGUGGGGGUGGGGGGGUGCGUCCGCGGGGCUCAAAACGGGCCACGGCGAUCCGGAAACCGGUCAGUGACCAAGUGUCAGGCUGAAGUGGAACGCGGCCGCGGGCGCGUCACGGCGCCGAGGCACGUGACGCGCUGCGAGCGCGGAGGACGGUGCCUGCGGUUGGCACGAGGUGUGUAAAGGGCUCCGUUCUCACUAACUUGAGCUGUUUCCUCCACAGCACAUGCCCGUGUGUCGAUGCGGAAUGAGUCACUCAUGCCUGUGGUCCUUGAAGCCUCACAGCCCACUCACAUCCUCAUCGGGCCGGGCUCACGCCCAGCCUCUGUAUCAAUACCAAGUGCUUUUAUACUGAAUAAUAAUUAAUCCAGCGCUGCGUGGCCUGGUGCAGCUCCGUUCUUGCACCCUUGGGCUACAGCCAGCCUGUAGUAUAUUUCCUGCUGCCUCCGUCUGUGUCUCUGUCUGUCAGUCACCUCUCUUCCGUCUCGCUCUGGGAGGCCAACCUUUCAGCAUUUCCAAUGAUGUGCCUCGGAAAUCUGUUUCCAGGGCAACCAGGGUACCAAAUACUCUCCCGGCGGCUUCUCGCCGGUGCGUCCUUUGUUUACACUUCCCAUAUCUCUGCGAGGAUGUGGGUUGCUCUUCACUGACAGGGAUGGAAACAGAGGAGCGUGUUGAGUAAAGAUACAGGUGACCGUGACGUCAGAGCGAACCAAUCACCCAGUAUCUGCUGCUCCCUCGCCACCUGAACGGCGAAGCCGCGUUUGGAUGCUCGUGAGACGAACUCAACAAUUAGAACGCACGUUUUAAAAUAAACUUCCUUGUCUUAACUUCUUUUUACGGGAUCGUUGCUUUGCGCAUCGAGAGAUUCCAAAUCGACGCAAACUCGCGAGGGAAACGCGUUAAUAUUGAAACAAAUACUUUUCAUUGCUUAAAAACGCCGAAGGCAACGUCUGACUGUAUUUCUGCUGAUUACCCUCCGUUUAUUGGACUGUUUAAAUCCCACUCACGUCCAACACUUCAGAGCCUCGCGCGUGCGCGCAACGUAACCAGGAGCUGUUCAAGUGCUGAAAAGAGAAAAAAGGCGUUCUGCUUCCAUUCCUCAACAGAGGACGGCUCUUCACCUGCGAACGGUUCCCCCUCGCGAGUGCCGCGCGAGCCAGCGGGCUGGUCCUCGUGAGGCGAACCACCGGAUCGGAACCCCUGCGAAAAGCCUCCAGCCGACGCGUUUUUGGAGUUCCGUCUCCUCGCCGUCUGACCACAGGACCGAUGUUGCUUCACACCUUCGCGUCGAGAAAUCUGUUAAUGGGAGUCAGAGUUUCGUGAAACUAAACUAUGAUCGGUGGCUGCGUUGAGGAAUGUCUCCUGCAUCGUUGCGCGGCACAGAAAUACCAAAAACCGGAAGAAAACGCGCUUCCUCUCUGGAUUAUGUAUCUGACCAAUGUGAACAUAUGGGUGAAAUAGAAAAGUAGGCACAUGGGGAAACCACCAGGAAUGAGUCGCUCGUUUGCCCAGGUUUUAGUGGCUUUAUUUACAUAUCUCAUGGAGACGAGCAACUUCAGAGUUGUGGACGCCAAGGAGCUUGAUUCCAGAUCAUCCUCCAACCUGUCUCCGUCGGACUUUUUGGACUCACUCAUGGGUCGCACGUCGGGGUACGAUGCACGAAUAAGACCGAAUUUUAAAGGUCCACCGGUUAAUGUCACCUGCAACAUAUUCAUCAACAGCUUCGGUUCUAUAGCAGAAACAACAAUGGAUUACAGAGUCAACAUCUUCCUGCGACAGAAGUGGAACGACCCUCGGCUGGCGUACAGCAAAUACCCGGACUCCUCCCUCGACCUGGACCCGUCCAUGCUGGACUCCAUCUGGAAGCCUGACCUCUUCUUCGCCAACGAGAAAGGAGCCAAUUUCCACGACGUCACCACGGACAACAAGCUGCUGAGGAUCUUUAAGGACGGGACGGUUCUCUACAGCAUCAGGUUGACUCUCAUACUGUCCUGCCCCAUGGACCUGAAGAACUUCCCGAUGGAUGUCCAGACGUGUACGAUGCAGCUGGAAAGUUUCGGCUACACCAUGAACGACCUGGUCUUUGAGUGGCUGGAGAACGGCGCGGUGCAGGUGUCCGACGGCCUCACGCUGCCUCAGUUCAUAAUGCGGGAGGAGAAAGAGCUGGGCUACUGCACCAAGCACUACAACACGGGUAAAUUCACCUGCAUUGAAGUUAAAUUCCAUCUGGAGCGUCAGAUGGGAUACUACCUGAUCCAGAUGUACAUUCCCUCUCUCCUCAUUGUCAUCCUGUCCUGGGUGUCUUUCUGGAUCAACAUGGACGCCGCUCCGGCCAGAGUGGCGCUGGGCAUCACCACCGUGCUCACCAUGACAACCCAAAGCUCCGGCUCCAGAGCCUCGCUCCCAAAGGUCUCUUACGUGAAGGCCAUUGACAUCUGGAUGGCCGUGUGUCUGCUCUUUGUGUUCGCCGCGUUGCUGGAGUACGCGGGGGUUAACUUUGUCUCCAGGCAGCAGAAGGAGUUCCUGCGGCUGAGGCGAAGACAGAGGAGGAGUCAGAAGGACGAGGACAUGCGCGAAGGCCGCUUCAACUUCGUUGGCUACAGCAUGAGUCAGUGUCUGCCCGCCAAGGACGGCUCGGCGGUGAAGAACGCCGCCCCGGCCCCCAACCCUCCGCCGCCGGCCCCAAAAGACAUAGACGCCAUGAGAAAGAAGUUUGUGGACAGAGCCAAGAGGAUAGACACCAUCUCCCGGGCCGCCUUUCCCCUGGCCUUCCUCAUCUUCAACAUCUUCUACUGGGUCACCUACAAGAUCAUCAGACACGAGGACAUCCAUCAAAAAUAAGGACUUCGCCCGUGAAUCAAACCCUUUUUUUUAAAUUAAUUUCUCAGAUUGAGAAAUGCUUGGGUAAUAAAAACGAGAUAGUGGCGAUUUUUCAGGGAUAAUGUUCAACGCUGUUACAUGUUCUGAUGACGCGAAGAGCUUUUGAGACACAAAUGAUUUUGUUUGUUGUGCUGCUGCGUCAUAUUACCUGACAAAUAUGGAACAGCAACUUUAGCUCAAGGCUUAGCAUCACUGCAGAUGGACCAAAAUAUUUUUGAAUCAGUCCUGCGUUGACAUGAGCAACCAAGGAACAAAAGCAUUCCAUGGAUUUGUAACCGUAUGUAGCGUAGACCUUUCUUAUCAAGGAUGUUUAUGACUGUUUUAUAGUGUUCUCUUUGUCAUGGCACUUCCUCGUGUUUAUACAGUAUAUAGCACUGAGCGUCUCGUACAUACAGUCAGAAAGAACAUCUUUCAAACGUAAGGCGGCGGCAGCGGCUCAGGCCCGAGCGUGAACAAAGCCGAUGAAAAUCUGGAAUAGGAAAUUGGAUCCUGCAUUUUUAUGGAAUACCUGAGGCCUUAGACAUCCACGCACCGCUGAGAUCAAGCUCUGCGCUCCUUCUCCUCCAAGAACCUCGUUUUGUGUCAUAUCAGAGCCGAAUACACUGACUGAGCCUUCCUACCCGUGGCAGGAGAUAGAACGGUUUCAUUUUCCUCUCGGUUCCUUUCGCUCUAAAUGUGUCAGAAUCACGUUUAUUAUUAUUAUUAUUGAUGUCAACCAAAACCUGUGUAUAUUACUUCAGAUUUUCUGAGUCACUUGUUUUCUCUUGUUCUAGUUUUAAUGUAAUUUAUUAAGAAAAUAUAAUUCACAGGCUAUGUUUGUAAAUUAUAAUAGAAAUUUAGGCAAAUCUAUAAACUAUGAACAUGCACCAAAUGCUGUUGUCACAUGAUAUGCACACAGAUUUAUUUAGGCUCCAGCCAAAUACUCUGGGUAUUUUCUGUAUGGAUUUAGAGUUUGAAUCUGUUUUUGUAGAUUUAGUCAAUUGAAAUAUUUAUUGUAGUGGAAGACAGGUGUGUUUAUAAAGAAUAGCUUUCUGUACUUCUUCCACCUCGACUGUGCAAUGUUUCUCCUCACUCGGUGUGUUUGGAUGGUGUUUAAAGUAUGGACUGAGCUGUGAAAAGCCAGAUCUGCAUCGCACUCGUGGCACAGAGCAUCUAAUGGUCCUUGCACACCUGAUAUAGUGCAGUGAAGACUUCCUUUCAUUAAUACUUAUCCUGGAAAAGGUUGUUUACUGGCCUGUGCAUCAAUAAAAUCCAUCCAUGACUGUGAA